ACAGUAGUCGAUGAUUUUUGCAGUGUGUAGUGCAUAAACAAUAAUAAAAAAUAAACUCGCAAAUUAUCAAAAAUUGUUUAUAAUUUUAAAAGACUGUAGUUGUAGACUGAAUAGUUUUAGUUUUUUAUUAUGUCUCCUAAAACCAAACAAUUCCAUGAACCAAAUCAAUAUGAUCCUGAUUUUCGUGGACCAUUAGAAAAAAGAUCUUGCACAGAUGUAAUUUGUUUAUUAAUUUUUAUAAUUGUAAUUGCUGCAUGGAUUUCAAUUGGAGUUUAUGCAUUUACAAAUGGUAAUCCAAGGAAUUUACUUAUACCACGUGACAGUGAUGGAAGAUACUGUGGUGUUGAUGCAGAUUUAGCAAAUAAGAAGUAUCUUUUAUUUUUUGAUUUGAUGCAAUGUGCAAAACCAAAUGUCGUUUGGGCUGGAUGUCAAACACCUCAAGUGUGCAUUAACGAAUGCCCUUCUGAUACAUUUAUAUAUAAACGUGAUCAAGACCUGGAUAUAAAAGAUUUAAGGAAAAAAUUAAUAUGCCAUCCAAAUGUUACAAAUGCAGAAAUUAACAAAUUUAAUAAAGCAGAUAUCGAAAAAAAAAUUAAUGAUACAAUGUGUGCAGAUUGGUAUCUUCCAAGUAUUUCUGUGUAUAAGCGUUGUUUUCCGAAACCAGAUGUAGAUCUUACUGAUUUUAUUAAAUAUGGAAUUAUGGACGAAGAUACAUACAAUUCAGCUGUGGCAAAUUUAAAGAGAAUAACGCAAUUGACAGAGUUUAGUUACACGAUAGUAGAAGAUGUAUCCGGAUCAAAAUGGUCAAUUUGUUUUGCUCUUGCAAUGGCAAUGUUAUUAUCAUUUGUAUUUAUAGUCUUAAUGCAAUGGAUUGCUCCAGCUGUCUUAUAUGUUUCUAUGCUCGGAGUAAUUGCAGCUUUAUCUUUUGGAAUAUAUGUAUCCACACAAAAAUAUAAAAAGCGCAACGAUUGGGAAAAUGCUUGGUUGGCGUUUAUUAUCAUUUGCAGUGUUAUAUUAUUUAUAAUUCUUUUAAUACUAAUAUUUUUAAGGAAGCGAAUUUUAAUUGCAAUUGCAUUAAUUAAAGAAGGCAGCAAAGCUGUGACAAGUAUAUUUUCAUCAUUAUUUUUCCCAUUAUUUCCAUGGUUGCUACAAUUAAUAGUUUUAGUCUUUACUAUUUCAUCAGCUGUAUACUUAUCAACAAUAUGUCAUACAAACUAUGUGGUUUCUGGAGAUUUUUCUGAAGAUGUUGACUGCAAAUGUAACAGUUCACUGGGAUAUUACGAAGGGGCCAAAUGCGAACCAGAAACGUUUAAACAAUUUUGUAAGACCAGUAGCGGUGGCGAAUGUGUUAAGGUGCAAUGUCAUUAUAUAGGUGUAUUGAAUCCAGAAUACAUGAAAUAUUUACACAUAACUAAUAUUGUGGUAUUUAUUUGGGCUAUGUUCUUCGUAUCUGCGUUGGGAGAAAUGAUUUUAGCAGGAACAUUUGCUUCAUGGUUCUGGACGUUCAAUAAACAUAAUGUACCAUCUUGUACUUUAUUCAAAAGUAUUUAUCGAACAUUUAGGUAUCAUUUAGGAACAAUAGCUUUUGGAUCUUUGGUUAUAACAAUUUGUCGAAUAAUUCGAUUAAUAUUAGAAUAUAUCGAUCAAAAAUUAAAAAAAUGGGAUAAUGUUGUUACGAAAGCCAUAAUUAAAAUGUUUAAAUGUUGUUUUUGGUGUUUUGAGAAAUUUAUUCGAUUUAUUAAUCAGAAUGCGUAUAUUGUUUGCGCAAUAUAUGGAACAAAUUUUUGUAGUAGUGCCAAAGAAGCAUUUGGUCUUCUUGUUAGAAAUGCAAUACGUGUUUUUGUGUUAGAUAAGGUCACGGAUUUUCUAUUUUUCUUAGCAAAAGUUUUCAUAACAUUGGCAAUCACCUUCGCAUCAUACUACUUCAUUGUAUAUCGUCAUAACGAUGACAACGAACCGUCAGAGCUACAUUAUAGUAUUGUACCUGUGAUUUUAAUUGGAUUAGGAACUUAUUUUAUAGCAUCAGUAUUCUUUAGUGUUUAUGGCAUGGCUGUCGAUACAUUAUUUAUGUGUUUCCUUGAAGAUUGUGAAAGAAACGAUGGAUCAGCGGAAAAACCGUACUAUAUGUCACGUGAAUUAAUGAAAAUAUUAGGUAAAAAAAAUAAAAAUGAAUAAAAUACAUUUU